AUAUAUUACAUUUGUCUAUACUCAAUUCUCCAAAUCGCUACAUAAGAAAAUGGAGCUUCCUUGGUAUUAUAUUGCUGUUCCUCUGUUUGUUUUCAUUUUCUUUCUUCAUAACUGCUUUACUACUUCCAAUAAUAAUAAAAAAAUACCACCAUCUCCAACAAAGCUCCCAAUCAUUGGAAAUCUGCAUCAGCUUGGUUCACAUCCUCACCGUUCUCUCCAUAAACUAUCAAAAAAAUAUAGUCCAGUCAUGCUACUUCACUUGGGCAGUAAGCCAGUGAUUGUUGUUUCUUCUGCUGAAGUUGCUCGUGAUAUCAUGAAAACUCACGAUCUCGUAUGGUCAAACAGACCUAAAUCAAGCAUCGCUGAUGAACUCCUUUAUGGCUCUACAGACAUGACAUUUAGUCCCUAUGGUGAAUACUGGAGACAAAUUAGAAGCAUCGCUGUGCUUCACCUUCUCAGCAACAAAAGAGUUCAAUCUUAUUGUCAUGUGAGAGAAGAAGAAACAUCAAACAUGAUUGAAAAAAUCAGGCAAGAGUGUAAUUCUGUGAUACAUAUGAGAGUUGUUUUAAGUUGUAUGACUAAUAACAUAAUCAGCAGAGUGAACAUAGGAAGGACAUACUAUGAAGGGGAAAGUGGGAUAGCUGUUAAGGCUCUCGAAGAAGAAAUUCUUGAACUUCUUGGUACUUUUAACGUUGGGGAUUAUAUUUCAUGGCUUAAAUGGGUUAAUAAAAUUAAUGGUCUGGACACUAGAGUGAAGAAAGUAGCAAAAGAUAUGGAUGAAUUUCUAGAGAGCGUGAUUGAAGAACGCGUCAUAAGGAGCAAGAAAGCAGAAUACAGUGCGGGUGAAGCUAAAGAUUUCGUGGGCGUUUUGCUGGAAAUUCAGAAUGGAAAAGAGACUGGUUUCCCUCUUCAAAGAGAUUCAUUGAAGGCUCUCCUUUUGGACUUAUUUACUGCUGGUACGGAUUCAAUAUAUACAACUUUAGAGUGGAUAAUGAUAGAGCUUUUGAGGAAUCCAAGAGCCAUGGAGAAAUUACAGAAUGAAGUGCGAGAAUUAGUCCAAGGAAAAGCAGAGGUAACAGAGGACGACUUAGGAAAUAUGCAGUAUCUCAAAGCAGUGAUCAAAGAGUCCCUCAGGCUUAAUCCACCGUUUCCACUACUAGUUCCUCGUGAAUCAAUGGAAGAUGUAAAAUUACUAGACUAUGACAUACCUGCUAAAACUCAAGUCCUUAUUAAUGCUUGGGCAAUCGGAAGAGACCCAUUGUCAUGGGAUGAUCCAGAGGAGUACCGACCUGAGAGAUUCUUGAAUAGUAAUAUUGAUUUCAGAGGACUAAACUUUGAGUUGAUUCCGUUCAGAGCUGGCACGAGGGGUUGCCCAGGAAUUAAUUUUGCUAUAAUGGUAAUAGAGCUAGCAUUAGCAAAGAUUGUGCACAAAUUCAAUUUAGCAUUACCACAAGGAAUGAAAAAGGAGGAUUUGGAUAUGAGUGAAUGCACUGGCAUCUCCAUUCGCAGGAAAUUACCUUUACUAGCAGUGGCAACUCCGUGCGCUACUUAGUUUUUUUCCCUUCCAUUUCUUAUUAUGUCAUAAAAUAUAAUAAUUUGAAACCUAUUGGAAAGGACAUUGCAAGAGAAUUUAGAAUUCACUGUAUGUAAGAAGUGUACUGGUUGACUCCUUUUU